AUGUAUCUACAAGCCCGAAAACGCUUCUAUUGGCCCAAUAUGCACCAACACAUUGCCGCAGCCAUUGACGGCUGUGCCGCUUGCCGCCAAUCCAAGGCCAGAAAAGCCACGAAACAGGUUCCUUUAGGGCAGACCAGCACCAAAGAGCGAACCCAUUUUACAACAUUUCAUUGUGAUCUAGUAGGGCCUUGGCCCAACACCAGGGGCCCAGGGACCAAGAAAUAUUUGUUGAACCUCCAAGAUGCUGUCACCAAGUACCCCGAGGAGUGGCCCAUUGCAGACGCCACCGCAGAGAACAUAGUCAAGGUUUUAACCAAAGAGUUUUUUCCCCGCUAUGGAGUGGGCAUGCGAGUAAUAUCCAAUCAGGGUCGCCAGUUCACAUCUGCUUUAUUCCAGAAUGCAGCUCGUCGGUUGGGAGUUUUUUCGGUUACAACGCAAACCUAUGAACCCAAAACCAACCCGGUUGAAUGGCUCCACCGAACUCUGGAAAAUGCCAUUGGUUGCAAAAUGGAGAGCGAACAAGCACACCCAACUCAGUGGCAUCAAUUCGUACCUGCCGCCCUGGCCUCAAUUCGGCAAGCUCCAGUGGCUUACCUGGGCACUUCCCCGCAUUUCCUCACCUUUGGGUCCGACCCAGUUAUUCCAGCUGAUGUACUGGUAUCCCCCAGCCACCAACCGAGCUUAACCAUAGACCAAGAUUUCGAACGCCUGAGGCAGACGCUGGAAGGGAUCAAAAUCAAGUAA